CGCACCGGCCGUCACCCGCGCUACCGUAAUCCCGCCAUAUUCCUUUUUCUCUGGGAGCGAGCGAGCUGAUCCAGCGGCCUGAGAUGUCUGAGCUGCCAGCAAACUGCAGUGUCCCGCCCACCAACGCGGAGGAUGGGGACCGCGACGCCCCGCAGGCGGAGGUAGGCGGCGGGCCUCCGGAGCCGGUCCGGGCACAGCCUGAGGAGCCCAGGGAAGGUCCGAUGGCGGCGGCCAGGGAAGUUCCAGUGGCGGCGGCCAGGGCAGCUGGGAUGGCGGAGGUCGCCCGACUGGUGGCGGAGCCUGCGGAGGAAGAGGGUCAAGAGGGCUGGCCCGGGAACGGCCCCGGCCUGGCUGCGUUUCCUCCUGACGUUUAUCGCGCGUUGAGCGUUUGGGAAAUGACUUCCCAGCAGUUCCUCCGCCAGUUUCAGCAGCUCUACGUGAGGGCUGUGGUCAGAAUGCAGGGGCCUGAACGCCAUGGGAGAUUUCUGGAAGAAGAGUUUGAUGCCGAGCAUCCGCGGAAUCACCAGAGGAUGGAUUUUGAUGUUCUAACAGGGAUCCUAACUCUGACUGCAUCUGCAGUGAUCGACCCUCUGGUAGAAGAACUUGGUUGUGAUAAGUUAAUCAGCAGAGAAUAGUUUGGUGAUGAAACUGCUUCCAGAAGAACCUCUGUACUCAAGACGGCCUUAUGCCAAUCCUGGAACUUGGUGUUAAAAAGGCAGUUGUAUGCGCAUAAGGCAGUGCACAGUUGACAAAAACAACGAAGGAAGCUUCUCAUGAAAAACAUUAGAAAAGAAAAAACAAGCCAAAACUGUUGGGACUCCUGUAUUGUUCUUUGGGUUGGUGACUUAUGGGGAUUCCUCCCCUUGCAUUUGGAAGUGUCUUUCAAAAUUGCUUCACUAAAAAGGGAAG